AUGGACAUGACAGAAUUGAUAUCCAGUAUCAAUGGUUUACUAGAGGUUGUAAUGACUCUUGCGGUCUUGUUUAUAUAUACGAACGAAACUUAGCCAACUUUGAAAUUAUUGAAGCUGUAAAGACACUUGAGAAAACUAUUUAUCAUACUGAAAACUUCUCUUCAGCCACUGGCAAAUUCGUAUUUCAACGCAAGACGACAUACUUCUUACUUCAAGUAUACCUGCCGUGUAUUCUCAUUGUAAUGGUAUCUUGGGCCUCGUUUUGGAUCCACGAAGAAGCAGUUCCGGCUCGAGCGGCUAUAUGCGUGACGACAAUUUUAACAAUAAUAACAAUGCUUGGGGUUGUUAACGUCAACAUGCCCAAGGUUUCAUACGUCAAAGCUGUCGAUUUCUAUUUGUUUAUAUCCUUCCUGAUGGUGUUCUUGUCGUUACUAGAGUAUAUAAUAGUUCUUAACCUUGAGGCAUUCUGCAAAAGGAGACUUCAGAAAAAGAAAAAUGACUCUUUCUCAAACAACCACAAG